UUUUACAACCAGAGACUGAAGACCAGACUGGAGACUCUUCUGAACCUGAGACUGAUGACAGUGCUGAUUGGAAGGAGACCAGAGAACCUCAGUCAGCUUUAAACUCUCUGAAACAUGAUUCAAGAUGUAAGAAAACAUUCAGCUGCUCUGAGUGUGGGAAAAGAUUUAACCGUGAGUCACAUCUGAAGAGACACAUGAUGACUCACACAGGUGAGAGACCUUUCAGCUGCUCAGUCUGUAAUAAAUCGUUUGCCCAGAGUGGAGAUUUACAGAGACACAUGAGAACUCACACAGGAGAGACGCCUUUCAGCUGCUCUGAGUGUGGUCAACGAUUUAAACAGAAGUCACCCUUGAUAAGUCACAUGACACUGCACACAGGAGAGAAAAGACACAGCUGCAGUGUUUGUGACAAAAGAUUCAUCUGGCAUUAUCAACUCAGGAUCCAUAAUUGUGUUCGUCGUCAGUCGUCACAGCUUCAUCAAAGACAAACUCAACACAUGGAAACAGAAGCUGAUGGAGAGGACUGUGGAGGACCAGAACCAGCCAGGAACUCACAUCCACUUUUACAACCAGAGACUGAAGACCAGACUGGAGACUCUUCUGAACCUGAGACUGAUGACUCUCAGAAACAUGAUUCAACAUGUAAGAAAACAUUCAGCUGCUCUGAGUGUGGGAGAAGAUUUGGCCGCAGUACACAUCUAAGGAGACACAUUAAAACUCAUACAGGAGAAAAACCUUUCAGCUGCUCAGUUUGUAAGAAAUAUUUUACACAGAGUGGAAGUUUACAGAGACACAUGAGAAUCCACACAGGAGAAAAACCUUUUAGCUGCUCAGUGUGCGGAAAAAGAUUUAUACAGAAGUCACAGCUAACAAACCACAUGGCAGUUCACACAGGAGAGAAAAGAUACAGCUGCAGUGUUUGUGAUAAAAGAUUUGCCUGGCCAGAAAAGGUCAAAAGACAUAAAUGUGUCGGUCGUCAGUCGUCACAGCUUCAUCAGAGUCAAACUGAGGAGAAGAGAAAGGUAGAGCCUCCAGCCAGCAAAGAAACUCAACACACGGAAACAGAAGCUGAUGGAGAGGACUGUGGAGGACCAGAACCAGCCAGGAACUCACAUCCACUUUUACAACCAGAGACUGAACACCAGUCUGGAGACGUUUCUGAUCCUGUGAAGGAGACCAGAGAACCUCAGUCAGGUUUCAGUCAGCAGCUGAACUGAACAGGAGAAAACAACAUCUUGUAUGAGCAACAACCUUCAUUUUUUUUGGGGCUAUUUUACAACUUAUUGAUCAAAUCAGCCCAUCUAAUGGUGAAUACACAGAGGAAUGUUUCUGGAUACGUCAACAGCUUUCCAUAAAGUAAAUCAUGAAAUGUUACUCACCAAACUAAGUACCUGUGGCUUUCAAGGUUCAGUACUUCAGUGGUUACGUGAGUACUUAAGAAAUAGCAAACGUAAUCAAAGUGCUCUUCUUAUUAAGCAAACAUCUUGUGUGGGGUCCCACAGGAGUCAAUCCUUGGCCCUCUUCUUUUUCAUAUUAAGAUAAUUGACCU